AUGACGGACAUGGGCAAGGCAUUACUCAUCUUGGGGAUGGAGAUCGAGAGGGACCGUGAGCGCGGCACACCAUCCAUCUCUCCGGAAGCCUACAGCAAGUCUAUCCUCGACCGGUUUGGGAUGUCGGCCUGCAAACCGACCAGCACGCCCGGCCUCGGGCCGGAUCUCUCGAACGUGCAACCGGAGGAAAUUCUCCUGAACCAGGAGGAAACGCGACGGUACCAGGGCAUCGUGGGGUGCCUCAUGUACCUCGCUCAAAUACUGCGUUACGACAUUAUGUACGCUACAAGCCAUCUGGCUCGCCCGAUGGCGAAGCCGAGCAAGAAUCACAUGUGGGUAGCGAAGCGCACCCUCCGCUACCUCGCUGGCACGACAGAUUUCAAAUUUCACGCGAUGAAACCGCGAGGUACAUCCGGCGCAAUUGGGGACGUACCACAGCAGUGGAAGGAUGCCACCAUCAAAGUGCUUUUCAAGAAGGGGGACACGAUGGAGUGCGGCAACUACCGGGGCAUCUCUCUCGUCGCACACGCCGGCAAGGUGCUGCUUAAGGUCGUCGCUACACGAGUGGGCCACUACUGCGAGCGAGAGGGCAUCCUCCCGGAGGAGCAGAGCGGUUUCCGCCCACACCGGUCGACGCUCGACAUGCUGUUCGCCAUCCAGCGGCCCCAUGAGCUCGCGAGGAAGAAGAGUACUGCGGUGUUCGCGUGCUUCGUCGACCUCACCAAGGCAUACGAUUCGAUGGACGGAGACCUAUUGUGGGACGUGCUCCGACGCUUNGCUUCCGUGUCGGCGGGGAAGAAAACGACGGUGGUGACGGACGCGGAGGCCUUGUGGGCCAUGCUCUACGCUGACGACGCGGCCAUCGUCUCGCGCUCGCCGGAGAGUCUCGAGAAGAUGAUGUCGGUCAUCGUGCGCGUGGCCGGCCUGUUCGGACUGAUGGUAUCGGAGCCAAAGACGGAGAUCAUGUGCAUGCUGCCGAAAGGGAUCGAGGAACGCCCGUUCACGGUCAGCGCCGCCGGCCAGACGUACAAGCAGACAGAUCGGUUUGUGUACCUCGGACGUACCAUCUCCGCGGACGGGAAGGCCGACCGGGAGAUCACGAGCCGCAGCUGCCGAGCGUGGAAGUGCUACCGCCGGAACGGUGCUUCGAUGUACGACAGAGGCGAUGGGCCAACCGCCAGCUCAAGAUCCGGCUACUCCAGGCUGAAGUGGUGCAGACCCUCCUAUACGGGUGCGCCUCGUGGAGCCUGGCAGCGGAGCACUACACCAAGCUGAAUGGGACCCACCGCCAGUUCCUGACACGGUGUAUCGGCUGGANUG